AUGCACCCCCCCGACCUAAUCUUGGCUAGGGUGCUCUCUGCUUUGGAGACUACCCCCUAUGCAUGCAUAGAUCUCAUCCCGCUCUCCGGUGGCUACGUGAAUUUUGUUUACCGUGGACUUCUUGUGUCGCCCUCUGCCACCACUCCUCCCACUACGCAGGUUAUUGUAAAACACGCCGAACCAUAUGUUGCCGCCAAUUCUGACUGGAAGUCAUCAGUGACGCGCAUUCACUAUGAGGCUCUCGUUCUGAAAGCUAUGAAGGUCCUUCCUCCGGCCGAGGUUCCGGACGUUAUUACGACCUCUCCUAUUCUAUAUGAGUAUUAUGCCGCAUCCCACACCGCGAUUCUGUCAGACCUCCCUAGAUCAUCGCAGCUUCAGGCCUAUCUCAGCACCCACGAGCUUGACAAGUAUGAGGUGUCCCAAGUUGGAGUAUCGCUAGGACGAUGGAUGAGUAGGUUCCACAAGUGGGGUGCUAUGCCAGAUCAGGCUUCACUGCGUCGGAAGAUCAAGGGCAAUCGUGAAAUGGCGGAAAUGAAGUAUAACAUAACUUUUGGCAGCUUGAAGAAAAGUAUCGCAAGGUAUCCGGCCAUAUUUGGAAGCAGCACCCAUAUUAUUGGACGGUUGGAACAGCGGCUGAAUACAGAGGUUGUGGGCACUGAGAACCAAUUGAUACAUGGUGAUUUUGGCUGUCGAAAUGUUCUUGUUUCACACGGAUCACUCCCAGCUGGACGUCGCACGCUGUCCCUCAGUAUCAUUGACUGGGAGACUUCACAGCUCGGUUCAGUAGCUAUCGACCUCGGCCAAAUGUUCGCUGAGCUUUAUGUCCUCGCUCACUUCCAGUUCGUCACGGUGGCAUCCAGAAUGAUCUCCCCGUUUAUGGUCGGAUAUGGGCCUCUGAACGAUGAGCUGGCAUUCCGUGUGGCCCUGGAAUUCGGAAUACACUUGGUACUAUGGCCUUGUCGUGAGCCAUGCAUCCGUGAUGAUCCGCUCGUCACAAGAUGCGUCGGUCUGGGCAAGGACAUGAUUGUGCAUGCAGAAGAGAAAGACAAGCUGUGGUUUCGCGAUGGGGUCCUUGACAGCAUAUUCGAAUUUGCAUAGGUCUACACAUUUUAAAGGUCUCGGAUGACCUGUGGGAGCUAAGGCAUCCCUCUAUAUCUUUUUCUUUUUCACUGCCUAUCUUAAGCGACACGAGGCACAAUGAAGUACUGGUAAGCC